AGCCCAGUUGUCUCGUCGAAUUGCAGCAGUCAAUCGCGGCCUCCUCUUCGUGUCUCUCGGAAUACGUCCAUUUUAUCAUCACGUCAUCCUGCCCUGAAGGAUCCUUUAAAUGUACUAAUGGAGAAUGUCUUCCCACUGAAUCCGUAUGCGAUUUUAAGAGAGACUGCGAGGAUGGCUCAGACGAAUUCUUUUGUGGCACCUGUGAGUUUGAAGACCACUCGUGUGGUUGGAACAACACCACCAAGUACCAAUGGACAAGGGAGUGGGCAAACAUCACUACACUACCUGGAGUGGACCAUACCUCAGGAAGCCCGUGGGGGCAUGUCAUGUUUUUUGAUGGCAAACAGUGUGGUUUUUCUACAAAGGCAGUUUUGGAAUAUUCCGUUGAGAAAAAGGGAGCUGUUGGGUGCCAGCUCAGAUUCUCGUACCAUAUUCACGAUGAAAAGUCUGACAAAUCAUCCUCACCCAUUCACGUAACCAUGGUUCGAGGGACUGCAACUUACGAACUGCUGAAGACAGAGACUGUGACGGAUGGCUGGCAGGAUGCCCAAACUGUCAUUGGAAAUCAACCAGGAGGGUACAAGCUCCAGUUUUCCUUCAGUUGUUAUGAAUCCACGGACGCAAUGUUAGAUGACGUCAAAUUUGAGAAAUGCGCAGAGGGAGACAUCCCUGCUGUGUCGGAGCAGCUGUCCUGCAAUUUUGAAGACGACACUUGUUCCUGGUACCAUGACUACGAAGCCAGCAUCCUGUGGCAACGGGUAAAAGGAGGAUUCCCGCACCACGAGGGCAAUGGCUAUUAUAUGCUGGUAUCCAGCAAACCUGGCCUUAACAUCUCAUCUUCUGCAAGACUGGUCGGCUUUGCUGUGGGCCGAGUCAUUUGUGUGACUUUUCGCUACCAUAUUUUUGGCAACAGCAUUGGUUCACUGAAGUUCAUUGUGAAGCACCCUGGUGAGGCAGAGGACAUUGUGUGGAUUCGGAGUGGCACUCAGGGAAAUAAGUGGAGAUUUGCUGAUCUCACCUUUUCCAGCGACAAACCAAUACAGUUCAUCAUUGAAGCCGUGGUGGGUGGUGAGCAUGGCACCAUCUCCAUAGAUGACAUCAUUGUGUCAAGUAGGGAAAAUGGUUCUUGUCCACCUGAGCGCGAGUGCACCUUCCAAGGCUCGCUCUGCGGUCUGCAGCACAAUGCCUCAUCGGACUUCAGCUGGAGUCGAAUUAAUGGGGCAUCCCAGCCUGCCAAUUCUUCGGGCCCCCGCACUGACCAUACACUGGAGACCGAGCAUGGCUUUUAUCUAAGUGCUCAGUUAUGGCGACAUCCAACGGGCUACAAAGGCCAAAUAUUGACUGCAGUGAUGGAGUCCACCCCUUCUCACGGUGAAUGUUUAAUGUUCUGGUACUACAUGGAGGGAAUUGCUGUAGGCCAGCUCAACGUUUACCUUCUGGUCGCUGACGCCUCUACCAAGCUGUGGAGCAGAAGCGGAGAUCAGGGAAGUCGCUGGAGGCAUGGACGAGUGCCGCUCCUCAGCCUCGAUACUCCUUAUCAGGUAAUAUUUGAAGCUGUGGCAGGCAAUGGGCCAAGGAGAGAUAUUGCCAUCGAUGACAUGACUAUUCAAAAUGGGGCGUGUCCUCCAGAAGGUUUUUGUGACUUUGAGAUGGAUUUUUGCGGUUGGGUAAACAACCCUCCUGCAGAAACGGGAGUCGACUGGGACUGGCUCCCCGGAAGCACCUCGGGUACUCUUAUUCCAAACACAGACCACUCAACAAUGUCCCCUCUUGGCCACUAUGUCUUCUUCAGGUCGUUUUCAUCUGACAGCGAAAAAGUGGCUCGACUCGAGAGUGAGCGGAUGGAGGCUGUAGACCAAGCCUGUCUUAAAUUCUGGCACCAGGCUAACGGCUGGAUUGACAACCGACCAUCAUCUAUUACGCUGACUGUAAUUGUGAAUGAGACCUCUGGCCUGCGUCCGGUUUGGAAUACAACUGGAUUCAUGAAUUCCUCUUGGAUCCAAGACAAUGUUGAUUACAUGGCAUCAGGGCCCCACCAGAUUAUUCUCCAAGCCACAAGUGCAAGUUCAACGGAAUCAAGCUUUUCCCUCGAUGACAUCCAUAUCAUAAGGAACACAUCUUGUUAUGAUAUUAUCACCACCACCUCGAUUCCUGCCACUACUACCACUGCUACUCCAAGCUCUGACAUGCAUUGUACUUUUGAACAAGGUCUGUGUAACUGGCAACAAGAGGAUAAUGAUGAUUUCGACUGGACCCUCAGUAGAGCGCUGAAAGUGGACAAACCAUGGGAUGGACCUCUCUACGAUCACACUGUAGGAAAUGACCAAGGAUUUUAUUUACUUAUUAAUGGCUCUGGAUUAACUGACCGUGAGAGGGCAAGCAUUUCUGCUGACAUCAGCCACUUGACAUCACAAAUCUGCAUUGGGUUUUGGUAUUACAUGUCGGGGCCUUUGCUGUCCACCAUUAAUUUGCUGGUUGAGACAAAAACUUCCCAAGAGAUAGUCUGGACUCGCAAAGGGACCCAGAUUCCAGAGUGGAUUAAUGCACAAGUUACCAUCGACAUGGAAGAAAUGAUCCAGGUAAUUUUCACUGGUCAAAGAACCAAAAACAGUGAAGGAUUUCUUGCACUUGAUGAUAUCACUGUGAGCGAUGGUGCCUGCAAAAAGCAGAGUAUCUGCGGAUUUGAUUCCGACAUGUGUGGCUUUGAGGGGGACGUAAGUCACGCGGGUGAGUGGAGCCGCGAAAAAGGCACAAAAGGGAAUGUGGAUCACACUUACCGAACCGAGAAUGGUUACUAUAUGACUGUACUUCAGACAAAUUCUGAACAAGUUCAAGUCGCUCAGCUGUUGUCACCCGACUUGCACUCAUCAGUGGAGAUGUGUGUACGAUUCUGGUACCGUUUGCCUGCUCUGCCAUCUAACAUGCUGUCUGUCCACGUGCUGGGCGCAGUCCAGAGCGAUGCUCUUUGGGAGCGAUCAGGAGCGCCUUCCACGGACUGGGAGGUGGCAGAGGUCACAGUGUUCUGGCCAACAAAAUUCAACGUGGUUUUUAGGGCAUCCCAUGAACCAGGUAUGAAUUCCACGGUCCAGCUGGAUGAUAUUUCUUUUACAAAAGGGGCGUGCUCUCCCACUGCCAACUGUGACUUUGAAUCGGGACCUUGCAACUGGCUUAACAUGCCCACUGAAGACGAACAUGGCUGGGUGGUGGCCAGUGGGGGCUUUCAGGGUCUACCUGCGGACCACACUACCGAAUCCUCUGAAGGUCAGUUCUUGUUGAGUUUAUCACCACACACAACCAGCGUCGCUCGGGUAGCAUCUGAAUGGAUUCAACUCAAAGAUACCACGGCCUGCCUCACCCUAUGGUAUUAUAGCAGCGGGUAUGGGACAUUGCGAGUGUUUGUUCACUCGGGACAGUUGGAGGAUGAGGAGAUGUUUCAGACAAACACCAGCAGUGGUCAAAGCUGGAAGAGCUUUUCUGAAAGUUUCAAGAAGAAUAAACCUUUCCAGUUGUUGAUUGAAGCCGAGACUGGCAGAAGUGACUUCAUUGCCAUCGAUGACAUCAGCCUCAAACCUGGUCCUUGUCAAGUGAAUGAAACACUUUCAACAUUUGUGGGCUGUACAUUUGAAAACGACACGUGCGGUUGGCAGGACGUCAGCAUCGGGCAGGGUGAGUGGGAAAGAGGAAGGAAUGCAUCUGGGAACGCUGGACCAUCUGUUGACCACACACUGGGCACGGAGCUUGGCUGGUACGUGUCAGUCUCCCCGUACAAUGGUGAUCACCUGAGCCCUGCAGCUUUGCAGAGCCCAAUCACGAAACAGUCCGCCGCCGACUGCACGCUCCACUUCUACUAUAACGUAUAUGGAGAAGAAAUGCAUGAGUUGAAGGUGCUACUUUCCGAGAGUUCUCGCACCACCGUCCUGUGGUGGCAGUCGGGUGCUGCUGAUAAUUCGUGGCAUCAUGGCGAGGUGAUGGUUGGUAGAAGGCGUCAGGACUUCAACAUCCUCUUUGAAGCCACACGUGAUUUCAACAAGCCAGGCCACAUUGCCGUCGAUGACGUUAACUUCACAAGCUGCAACUUGCCAGACCCGCAACCUGUAUGUCCUGAAAAUAUGUUCACAUGCAAGAACGGUGUUUGUGUGGAGAAGAACCGAUUGUGUGAUUUCACUGAUGACUGUGGAGAUUUGACUGACGAGAACAACUGUGAGCACCAAGGUGUGACAGAGCGCUGUAGUUUUGAAAGAGGCUUGUGCUCUUGGGCUCCUUUGGACGAACCAGGAGCCAGAUGGAGCAGACAAAAAGGUCAAGACGCCUGGCCUGAGGAUGGACCCCCCAUGGAUCACACACUCAGAAGUGCUGCAGGUUACUAUAUGACUCCUGGUACUCACCUCAUGGAAAUGGGGCAGAAAUUAGAGAUUCUCUCCAAAACCUUACUUCCUAGCUCUAAUUGCACGCUCAGAUUCUUCUACUACAGCCUCCAAGACCCAGCAGGAAAGCUCACAGCGCAGUCCAGGACACAUAGCUCUGGAAUUAGCGAUAACAUGCUGUGGCUCAGGACAGACUCGCACAGCUACAUGUGGCGAAGGGCAGAUGUCACCUUCUCCUCCUCUGUCAAGUGCAAGAUUGUGUUCAGGUACGAGAGAGGCGCUGAUGAUAGUGGACAUGUUGCAUUAGAUGACGUGUCCUUCUCCAAGGAGUGUGUCUUUGACCCCGACAACAGCCCUCUGCCUGACACAUUACCCACAGCGCCCCCUGCCACACCUGAAACCUCCACUGUGCCUACCAACCCCUGUCAGGAUGCUGAGUUCUUUUGUUGGCGCUCACCAGGGAAUAUAUGUAUUCUUCCCACAUUAAAAUGCAAUUAUCAACUCGACUGUCCCCAAGGGGAGGACGAGGAUGGCUGCGGCCCGUGCACAUUUGAGAGGAACCAAUGCGGCUGGACGGACCCCGGCCAAGCGCAGAGAAGGUGGCGCAGGCAAAAGGCCGGCGGAAUUGCAUGGCCACCCACUGAUCACACCUCAGACAAAGGCUUCUACAUGAGCGUCAAUUCCAGUCAGGCGUCAGUUUCGGGGGAGACGCGACUUCACAGCCCGCAGCUCCCGCCCUCAUCACCCUACUGCCAGAUUCUGUUUCACUUCCACAUCAGCGCCGUGUGUGCUGGCUCGCUUAGAGUGCUGACACGGCAAGCCGGUGGAAGUGAAGCAAUCCUGUGGUCACGCAGCCGCAACACCGUCGCCUACUGGACGCCUGAAUCUUUGCCCCUGGGGCCUCACCUGCAGCCUUACGAGAUUAUGUUCAGCAGCUGGAAUAAUGGCACUCAAGCAGAAAUCACUAAGGCUUGUGUUGUUGCUGUAGACGACAUCUCCUUUCACAACUGCGACCAAUCUUUCAGUCCUCCUGCACUCUCUGCUUAUGGGUGUGCUUUUGAAGACGGCCUCUGCAAUUGGACGCAGGGCGCCGACGACCAGCUGGACUGGCUCAUUAGAUUGGGUCCGACAGAGACACCCAACACCGGGCCUGCGGGGGACCACACUACAGGAAAAGGGGAUUACACCUAUAUUGAGAGCUCCAGUCCAAGUGCAAAGAAUGAUAUUGCCCAGCUCAAGUCUGCACUGCUACCACCUGCAGUUCAACAAGGAUACUGUUUUAAAUUCUGGUAUCACAUGUAUGGAGCCUCCGUGGGUUCUUUGCGAGUAUUCCUACUGACAACUGAGUCAAUGGAGAAAACACUGGUGUGGCAAAAAUCAGGAAAUCAAGGGGAUGAGUGGCAGCUAUCGCAGAGUCACGUGACUCUGCAACGGGUCCACCAGGUGAUUGUGGAGGCAAGUGUAGGAGGCAAGGCCGGCGACAUCGCUAUCGAUGACAUCUCUUUCACCCUCGGUGCAUGCCCCAUCUCUGACGUGUGUGAUUUCGAGGAGGGAAACUGCAACUGGCAGCAGCAGAGCGACGAUGACACAGACUGGAUCAGACAUUCGGGUGCCAUUCCAAACCCCAACACGGGCCCAGACAGCGACCACACCACAAACACCCCCGUGGGCCACUACUACUAUCUGCCAUCCUCCAACCAGGACAUCGCUGGUCAAAACGCGGCUAUGUUGUCAACUGCGUAUCCCCCAGGAAAAGUGGCUUGCAUGCAAAUGUGGUAUCACAUGUACGGGAAAGGAGUGGGAACACUGAACAUUUAUCAGCAAAGUGAAGACGGGGUACGAGCUCUGAUUUUCUCCCAGACCGGAGACCAACGCAACCUAUGGAGGUUCGCCCAGGCUGCACUUCAUCCUUCGGUUCAACCCUACAAGCUCAUGGUAGAGGGCGUGAAGGCUGGUCCCACCGAGGAGGGUACCAUUGCCUUUGAUGAUGUCACUGUGUUGGAUGCGAAGUGUCCCCCACAUGAAGCCUGCAACUUCGAGCUCAACAUGUGCAGAUGGAGCAACGUAGGCGAAGGAGUAGACCAAUACGACUGGCUCCGUGGCAGGGGAGCCACUACGAACCCAAACACGGGACCGGGCGUAGAUCACACCACGAACAAGCCCCUUGGUUACUAUCUCUAUGUGGACAGCACAGUGGGUCAGUGGGGCGACGCCUCCUUCCUAAUCAGCGACGUACUCCAACCGGCCACAAUAGGCCAUUGUCUUACAUUCUGGUACCACAUGUUUGGUCCUGAUGUGGGGACCCUUAGAGUCUAUAUUAAUGACAGAAAAACACACGACAGCGGUGACAAGAGGGGUUUUCAGAAAUGGGUCGAGUUUGGAAACAAGGGAGACAAGUGGCUGAAGGCCAGCGUGUUUGUAGAGCAUGACGACGCUUUCUGGUUUAUGUUUGUGUAUGAGAGGGGGAAGAUUGAACAAGGGGACGUUGCCCUAGAUGACAUCACCGUGCUUCAUGGACCCUGCCACUCUGAGCCCACCAUUGAUGAUAACAGUGAUAUGUUAUCUGUGGGCCUCGCCGUGGGUCUUACGCUACUCGCUGGAGUCGUCAUCUUCAUUUACCUCAUUAGACUGAACUGGAAGCACUGUGCUAAGAGCAGCUCACAUGAGACGAGUGACAACGUGAACAGUCAAAACUCUGUGUUUAACCCUUUUGACUCCAGAAGAGAUAGUAUAGAGCACAGAAGCCAAUCUGACAUGUCCUUUUCCAACAUUUUGUACAAUGACUCCACAAGUGCAACCGAAGUUGGGUCAUCUAGUGCCUAGCAUCAACAUCCCGUUAUUUUGUCAAGCAGUCUGUUUUAUAAAAAAAGAAAGUGUGAAUGUGAUGAGGUAAUAUGAUGGCUAACACACCUUUUUUGGCUGUAUGUUCUAAAUAUGAUCUACGUUAUUCUUUAAGUUGCAUUCACUUCACUUUUAUAUGUAGAAAUAAGCUAUCAUUUGACGAAUGACUGGUAUUUCAAGAGUGAGAAGGAACAUCUGGUGGAUUAUUGUCUAUACCACCAUCUGUCCUGUUCCUACAGCUAAAAUUUCCCCAUUUCUUUAUGCAUUUUUUCAAGCAAAAUCUAUAUAUGUAUAAGAAAAACGAUUAAAGUGAUGA